GGCCGCUGCCCGCCUCGCUCAGGUCCAGAUUUGCUUAUGGAAUUGUUGAAGAUUUGAGAUCUCUGAAAAAAACUUUUUGCAUGCAAAAAAGGAACAUUUUGGUUUAUCUGUUUUAAAAUUAUCAAGUGCGGCACUUGAUGACUCAUCUACAAGAUUUCUUCACUGACGUCUGAAGAACAAAGUGCUUCUCCAACCUGCACUUCUGUAGCACUAUGACUAACUGUAAAGGCAGAUCUACCAUUGCCAAAACAAACAGCAAAGUUCAUGACAGAGAAGGUUUUGUAAACUGGACCAUAAAUUUUAGUACAAUUCAGUCUGAUAAAUUCUUGAAUUUGCUUUUGAGCAUGGUUCCUGUUGUUUACCAAAUAAACCAGGAUGAAAGACACAAAAAAGUGAAUGGUAUCUGGCAAGAUGGAUUACAACCAGCAGGACACAAUUAUAAUGUUAGAUCUGACCAGCACACAGACUACCAUCACUUUGCAGAACCAACUUUUCAUGGAAGUAAUGGACACAGCCCAACUAGCUGUAGCCCUAAAUAUGAUGAUUUUACCAGUUAUAAUUACUGCGAUGGAAUGGACACUUCAGAAACAGAUGCCAUGUUGCAGGAAGACAACCUGUCUAGUGACAGUAAUGAAGAUAUUAUUGUGGAAGGGAGUAGAAAACAACCCAAAGAAUCUAGUAGUAUUAUGGCAUUGCAGAUACUUGUACCUUUUUUGCUAGCAGGAUUUGGAACUGUUUCUGCCGGCAUGGUUUUGGAUAUUGUGCAGCACUGGGAUGUGUUCAAGAAUGUUACUGAAGUUUUUAUCUUGGUUCCUGCACUUCUUGGUCUCAAAGGAAAUUUGGAAAUGACCUUGGCAUCCCGGCUGUCGACUGCUGUAAAUAUUGGAAAAAUGGAUUCUCCCAUUGAGAAAUGGAACCUAAUAAUUGGCAAUUUGGCCUUAAAACAGGUUCAGGCAACAGUAGUUGGUUUUCUGGCAGCCGUGGCAGCAGUUAUAUUGGGCUGGAUUCCAGAGGGCAAAUACCGUUUUGAUCAUUCAAUCCUUCUGUGUUCUAGCAGUGUAGCAACUGCAUUCAUAGCUUCUCUUUUACAAGGAAUAAUAAUGGUUGGAGUUAUUGUUGGAUCAAAGAAAACUGGUAUUAAUCCUGACAAUGUUGCCACUCCUAUAGCAGCAAGUUUUGGAGAUCUUAUCACUCUUGCUAUUCUAGCAUGGAUAAGUCAGGGUCUUUACACUUGCCUUGAGACAUAUUACUAUGUAUCUCCUCUAGUUGGUGCCUUUUUUUUGGCUCUGACUCCUAUGGGGAUUGUCAUAGCUGCCAAACACCCAGCUACCAGAACUGUUCUCCAUUCAGGAUGGGAGCCUGUUAUAACUGCCAUGGUUAUAAGCAGUAUUGGUGGCCUUAUUCUGGACACUACUGUAUCUGAUCCGAACUUGGUUGGAAUUGUUGUUUAUACCCCGGUAAUUAAUGGUAUUGGUGGUAACCUAGUAGCUAUUCAAGCUAGCAGAAUUUCUACCUACCUCCAUUUACACAGCAUUCCUGGAGAACUGCCAGAAGAAGCCAAGGGUUGCUAUUAUCCAUGCAGAACCUAUUAUGGUACAGGAGUAAAUAACAAAUCAGCCCAAGUUCUGCUUCUUUUGGUGAUUCCUGGACACCUAAUUUUCUUGUACACCAUCCAUUUAAUGAAAAGCGGCCACACUUCCUUAACUCCUAUCUUUAUAGCAGUAUAUUUGUUUGCAGCUCUGCUACAGGUGUUUACUCUGCUAUGGAUUGCUGACUGGAUGGUGCACCACUUCUGGAAAAAAGGGAAAGAUCCUGACAGUUUUUCUAUCCCUUAUCUUACUGCACUGGGAGAUCUGCUUGGAACUGCCUUACUAGCCAUAGGUUUUCAUUUUCUGUGGCUUAUAGGGGACAGAGAUGGUGAUGUCGGGGAUUAAUUAUUUCAAUGGAUGCAAUGACUUUUCCUGGAAUACUGAGAAGAUCAAUCAUUCCAUUUGAAGGUCCUCAAAAUGACUGUUCCAUUUGGUCUGAGUAAAUCAAGUUGACACAGAUAUGAAACAGCCUUAAUCAUUUUUUUGUUGUUGUUGUUCUCUUCUUGUUUUUGUUUGUGAAAAAGGAUUGAUCGAGGAGGAUAUUUGAGAACUUCAGACUGAAAACAAGGUGAAUGGCUGCUAAUUGAAAAUAUCUGAGUAGACACAAUCAAGGACAUGUCAAUCCUUUAUCAGAUUUUAAAUUUUUUAAAGAUCUGGUCUUUUAAUGAUCAAUUUCUUACCUGUAGUGCAAACCAGAACAAUCUUCAAUCGCUCAUUCAGUGGUGACAAAGAAGAGGGUAAAAAACAAUCAGUGGCUUGCCUUGUCUUUUUAUCCCUAAAAGAAAGUGGGUACAUAUUCCCACAGAGGUGGUCAUGAGACCUGAGAUGAGUUCUCUUUCAUAGACAUUACCUGAUUAGCUGAUGUGUUCUUAACUUGCAAUUUCAGCGCUGUAACUCUCUGACCAUUGCAGGCUUGAUAUCAAUAAUAACUGUUACAGCGAUUUGAACCCGAUUGUCUAAAUGUUUUGUCUCAAGCUUUAUGGUGUACUAAUAUGACCGUCAUCAAUUCUGAAAUCAGACACUUGAAAAGUGUCUGCAGGACUGAGCCCUUUUUCUUUCUGCUAAAAAGAGCAACCUAAUUAUUUUGCUGUUGUAAUUUAUUAGAACGAGAACGUAGUAAAGUCAUAUAAUGUGAGACGGACCUGAUCAAUAAUAAUGGAUGGAUUAUUAGAACGCCUUGUGCUGAAAAGUGUCUUUUCAUUCUGCAACUGAAAAAAAAAAAGUUUAACUAACUGAUAUUAAUGGUGUUGUGAUGGCCAGUAUCCUGACUUUAAUGAAGUAUUUAGAGGUGUUGAGUCAAACAUAAAUACUUACCCCUGAUUAAAACUUAGGGUAUAGAAGAUUAUGUUGCAUUUCAGGCACCUAGGAAGUUACAUGGACUUCUGAAAUUCCAGAGCUAUCCGUGUCACCCAUUUCAAAGCAAAAAUCUCCAUUCUUGCUAACAGGAUUUCUGAUUUCAAGUUCUAGAAGUAAUAUGGUUAGUAAGGAACGACUGCUGCUGAAUGGUUUAUCUUAUUUCUAAAUCUCAGUAUUUCAAAUAAUACAUUGAUCAUGAGGACUCUGGUUGUCACUUCGGAAAAAAAAAAGGUACUAAAUGCUCUGUUAUAAAAUCUAGUGGGAGUUCCUCUUGUUUUUAAAGACUACAGCAUACAUCCUAAAUGCAUAAUUAUAUAAACAUGUCAGACUUUAAAUGUUGUGAUCAGAUGUUUUAAAUUUUGAGGCUUAAAUUAGACAACUAAAUCCAUAUAUCAGCAUAUGUUGGAAACCGGUAAACAUUAGUCAUGCGAGGUGUGCAUAUAAAUUGUCCCUUUCAAUUUGAUGGACCUACUCAGAUGAAUUAAGUUAAUUAUGUGCAGAAGUGUUAAUGGGACUUUUAUGGGUGUUCGUCACCUUAAACUCGGUGGAAAUUGAAAGUGUUUGCAAUUCUGAAAAUUAAACCAGCUCUCCAGUGCCUACACAUGGAUUUAGAUGCCUGACUUUUAGCACCGCCAUAUAAACAUUUUUAUUUAAGCUUUUUCUUACAGUUAUAUGGCAUAGUUGUUUGAAUGAAUCAUGUAUUAUGUCUUUUAUUAUGUGAAAGAUGAAAUCUUUCUACCUUCAGGUUCUCCAACUUUUCUUAGUUUGUAUUAAUGUUAUUUAAAAUAGUCGUAUGUAGCAUUGCAGGAAAUCUUCCCAUUAAAUUGUUUAAAAUGGACUAGA